AUGGUACCUUAUUAUUCGGAAACAGAUCAUACUUUGGUAGUACAAUGUUAUUGCAGGUCGUUUAACGAGAAGCUGACUGAAAAGUUCAGAACUCAGCUUCAACAUAGCGCUAUAUUGAAGAACUGUAUCGAUGAAUUGCAAGAGCUGAACUUUUCACUGGAGCUUAUCUCAACAAGGCCAAUCCUGUAUGAAGAACUGGUAGAGCAUCUCAACUUCUUGAUGACUUCAAACAUGUUUCAAUUGGAGACUACAGUCCCCAUUGUAUUCUCUUUCUAUGGAAUAGACUCAUUUCUUGAAACUAUUAAAUAUUGGGAGACUCUUUGCGAUGCUUUAUCGACAACUAGUACCCGUUCUUUGAUGUCAUUAAACAUGAUCAAACUGUUGAACAACAAUAUGAUCCAAAGUGAAAACUUCACAACUCAUUUCUUUAAAGAGAAUAGGCACUUUUACAACUUUGCAAGCUUUUUCGCUUAA